UGGGUCUUUUCAGAUGUUUUGACAUUUUUCUUUAACUGCUUUCAGUAUUAAUUUUUCCUUUAUCUCUUUUGCCCAUUAUAUGAAAGGGCAGCAAGCCAUCUAUCUAUUCACUGUUCCUGGAAAGAGAAACUCAAAGAAGAGAAACAAACGAAAUGGCCGAUUCUCCAGUUGAUUUGUCCCAGGGUCCAUUGACAUUCAGGGAUGUGACUGUGGACUUCUCCCAGGAAGAGUGGGAAUGCCUAGACUCUGCUCAGAGGGCUUUGUACAUUGAUGUGAUGUUGGAGAAUUACAGUAGCCUGCUCUUUGUGGAGAACUAUUGCAUAUGUGAUCCUGUCUGUCAACAUGUAAAAACUGCAAAGGAGUCCUCUCUGUGUAAUGAGCUUGACAACGUGCUUCAAGACCCCUCCACAUGUGUACUUUAUAGAACAAGUGAAACUACAGAAAACUUUAAUAACUACACAUGCAAUAAUAACAGGGAUGCCUCUGUUGACUCAUCAAACACAAAUAGACAUGAAAGCAUGCAAACUGGAGAAAAAACUUGCAAUUCUAAAGUCUGUGAGAAAUCAUUAAACUUAUAUCCCAACAAUACUCAGUAUCAGAGACUCUAUACUGCAAGAUCAGAACACAGGCAAGGAGAAUAUGAUGACUGCUAUGACUCUACAUACAGACUUUUGCAACAAAAAUUCCCCAUUGGAGAGACACCACACCAGUGUGGGAAAUGUGGGAAAUACUUCAGUGCUGCCUCAAGCCUCACUGUACAUCAGAGAAUACAUACUGAAGAGAGGCCUUACAGAUGUGAAGAAUGUGACAAAUGUUUUACCCGACUUUCAACUCUUAGAGCACAUCAGAAAAUUCAUACUGGAGAGAGGCCUUACAAGUGUGAAGAAUGUGACAAAUCCUUUAUCCGGCAUUCAACUCUUAAAACGCAUCAGAGAAUUCAUACAGGAGAGAGACCUUACAGUUGUAAGGAAUGUGGCAAAUCUUUUACUACAUGCUCGGACCUCAGAACACAUCAGAAAAUUCAUUCUGGAGAGAAAAUUCACAAAUGCAAACACUGUGACAUGUCUUUUCUCCGAAUUUCAACUCUUAGAAGACAUCAGAGUGUUCACACUGGAGAGAGACCUUACAAAUGUCUGGAGUGUGAUAAAUCUUUUAUCGACAUGUCACAUCUUAGAACACAUCAGAGAAAUCAUACUGGAGAGAGACCUUACAGUUGUAAGGAAUGUGUCAAGUCUUUUAUUAGGUACUCCCACCUCAAAGCCCAUCAGAACAUUCAUACUAGAGAGAAACAACAAAUGGGGAGACCCUGGCAGGUAUUUCAGGAUCUGAAAUCUCCGGAGCCUCAGUUGCAGCACAAGGCGGCCUGGGACAGCAGCGCGGCGACCCUGGAAUCUCUCAGGAGGUUCAGAGGAGCCGCGGGGCUGGGACCCAGGAGCGAAGGGACCAGGGGUGCAAGCAGUUUCUCUGCUGCUCAUAAGACUCUGAAAGUCGGCUGUGGAUGUCUUACCGUCGUCGGUCAACAAGCCAUCUAUUCUUUGUUCCUGAAAGAGAAACUCAAAAAAGAGAAACAAAAAGAAAUGGCUGAUUCUCCAGUAAACAGGCCCCAGGGUCCAUUGACAUUCAGGGAUGUGACUGUGGACUUCUCCCAGGAAGAGUGGGAAUGCCUAGACUCUGCUCAGAGGGCUUUGUACAUUGAUGUGAUGUUGGAGAAUUACAGUAGCCUGCUCUUUGUGGAAAACUAUUGCAUAUGUGAUCCUGUCUAUCAACAUGUGAAGACUGAAAAGGAGUCUUCUCGGUGUAAUGACCUUGGAAAAAUGCUUCAUGACCCCUCCUCAUGUGCACUUUAUAGAACAAGUGAAACUACAGAAAGCUCUAAUAACUACAGAUGCAAUAAUCACGGGGAUGUCUCUGUUGACUCAUUAAACCCAGAUAGACAUGACAGCAUGCACAUUGGAGAAGAACCUUGCAAAUCUAAAGUCUGUGAGAAAUCCUUAAAUUUGUAUCCCAACAUUACUCAAUAUCAGAGACUCUAUGUUGCAAGAUCAGAACACAGGCAGGGAGAAUAUGAUGACUAUUUCACCUCUGCUUGCAGUCUCUUGCAACAAAAAUUCUCCACUGGAGAGACACCACACCAGUCUAGGAAAUGUGUGAAAUACUUCACUGCUGCCUCAAGCCUCACUGUACAUCAGAGAAUACAAACUGGAGAGAAGCCUUACAGAUGUGAAGAAUGUGACAAAUAUUUUACCCGACUUUCAACUCUUAGAGCACAUCAGAAAAUUCAUACUGGAGAGAAACUUUACAAAUGUAGGGAAUGUGAGAAAUCCUUUACCCAUAACUCAUAUCUUAGAACACAUCAGAGAGUCCACACUGGAGAAAGACCUUACACUUGUAAGGAGUGUGGCAAAUGUUUUACUACAUGCUCAGACCUCAGAAAACAUCAGAAAAUUCAUACUGGAGAGAAAAUUCACAAAUGCAAACACUGUGACAUGUCCUUUCUCCGUAUUUCUACUCUAAGAAGACAUCAGAGUGUUCAUACUGGAGAGAGACCUUACAAAUGUCUGGAAUGUAACAAAUCCUUUAUCGACAUGUCACAUCUUAGAACACAUCAGAGAAUUCAUACUGGAGAGAGACCAUACAGUUGUAAGGAAUGUGACAAAUCUUUUACUAGGUACUCCCACCUCAAAGCCCAUCAGAACAUUCAUACUAGAGAGAAACAACAAAUACAAUGACUAGCAUAUCCUAUAUCUAUCUUUCAAAUCUUAAAGCACAUCAGAGAGUUUACAUUGGAGAGAAAAAUACCAUUCUCAUAAUGUGACAUAGCAUUUUAUAGGUGUUCUCUGCCUAUAAAACCUAACAGCAUAUAUAAUGUGUUACGGGAUAAUUUUUUGUAUACUGUGAAGAUGUGUCUGCCAAAGUUCCUUCUGAUUAGUUUGAUAAAGAGCUGAAUAGCCAAUGGCUAGGUGUGAGAAAAUGGGCAGAACUUCUCAGGAAAGAAAGGAACUUGGGAUGAAUCUGGUGUGGCAGCAGAUGCCAAAAAGACAUGGGAGGCAUCAGAUGUACAAAAUGGAAGAGAGAUAAAGAGUCAGUUGACAAAAUGUAGGUUAAUAGAAACCUGUUACUUAAAUUAUAAGAGCUAGUUGGGAACAAACAUAAAGGUCAAGGUUUCAUAAUUUAUUAUACAUCAUUGUAGCAUUGUUUGGGUGCUGUCAGUCCAAAGAAAGUCCAACCAAAAAGAUAAACUACAAUAAAUAGAAACAUAGAGAUAAGAAACUUGUGAAAACCUGUUAUGAAGUUUUAAAUCUUAGGAGAUAUCACAGAGUUUGUAUUUUAAAAAAAAUUUGCAAUAGUAACAAUGUGAAUUCCUUUUUCACAUAUAUGGGUGCUUUGCCAGAUGUGUAAAGAGUUCCUUUGCUGAUCUUUCUCUGCACUACAUGCUUGCCAGGUGGCAAGGAAUGCAGCAGAGGGUAUAAGAUUACACAAGGCUGGAUUUACAGAUAGUUGUGAUCUCUUCUAUGUGUGUUAGGAAUGGAAUCCCAGUCCUCUGGAAGGACAUCAGUGCUCUUUAAGCACUACCUUGACUCCAGCUCCUGAGACAUGCAGUAAAUAAGUCACUUAUCUUUACUGUGUUGUGGUGCCACACGUCUUUAAUCUUGGCAUUCAGGAGACAGACAGGUGGAUACCUGUGAGUUCAAGGCCAGCCUAGUGUACACAGCUAGUUCCACAACACCUAAGGCUGUUACAUAGUGAAAUCUUUUCUCAAAGAACAAAACAAAAAAAAAAUGUUCUGCAUUCAAGAAUUCAUAAUAAAGACGGACUAUGUGGUGCAUACUUUUUUUCCCCAGCACUCAGGAGGCAGAUGUAAGAAGAUUUCUAUGAGUCUAAGACAAUCCUGGUCUACAUAGUGAGAUCCAGGACUGCCAGGUGUACAUAAAACCUGUCUUGAAGAAAGUAAAAUAAAUCAUAAUAAGGACAAAAUCUAGUAACUUUAAAAAAAUACAAAUGGAAGAUGAACAACGUCAUUAGAAAAGGAUAAAUCAGAAUGGCAAUGGGAUAUCACCUACUCAAUAGAAGGGCAAUCAUAUUAGUAAAUAUAAAAUAGCAAAUAUUAGUGAUAAUGCCAAGGGACUAGAAUCCUUAAACCUGCAAAAUAAAAGUGUUAUGAUAAGAAAGAUUGAAAGUCUCUUAGAAAAUAAAAUUUCAAAUUGCCAUAUGACCUAGCAUUCUACUACUAAGAAUGCUUCCAAGUAUUCAAAAAACAAUGGGUGUGUUAAUAUACAUAGCAGAAUUAUAACUAUCCAAAGAGGAAAAAGAAAUGAAAUCUUAAUAUAUGUAAUAAAAUCAAUAAAACUUGAAGACAUGCUGAGUGAAAAUUCAGAAACAAUACAUCAUGUAUUCUAUUCUCUUUUAUAUAAAAUAUUUAUAAUAAGUGGGGUUGGAAAAUAAGUUAGUACUUGGCAGAGCCUGGGAACAGAGACAAAGGAAAAUAACUGUUGAUUGGGUGUAGGGUUUUCAUUGCAAGAAUGAAUGCAAUGAAAUGAGGUAGUAAUGCAUGACAUAAAUGGAAUAAAUGCCGCUGAUUUUUUUCAAAAAAUGUGGCAAAGACCUCUAAUUGUCCAGUAUACCAUAAAUUUCUUAAUUCUGAGAAAACAUGUAAAGAGAUACCAUAUAUAAUCCCUAUAUCUUCUGUUCAUUGGAAAUUACACACACCAAAUAAAUUGAAUUUGAUAAAUCCUUUACCUAGUGCUGAAAUUGCCAACAUCAAUGCAACUUCAGCUUGAAAGACAAUGUUCUAAUUCAGUCUUCAUCUUUUGUUCACUUUCAAUAAUCUUUACACUAAGCUGAAACCUUACAAAUAGCAAGAAAGUGAGAAACUGUAAAGAGAUAGGCUCUGACUGUGACAUCAUAGGCUUAUCAAAAACAGCUUAGAAAUCUCCAAGACUCUGGGCUUGGUGGUGUAUCACUUUCAUCUCAGCACUGUGGAGUCAGAAGCAGGUGGAUCUCUUGAAUUCAGCCUGGUCCACAGUGCAAUUCCCAACAGGGUGAGGACUAUACAGAGAAAUUCCAUCUCAAAAAGCAAAGCAAUAAAAAAAGAAGAAGAAGAAGAAAGAAAGAAAUCCCUCAGGGCAUGAAUUUUGAACUACUGAAGAAAAGUAUUUGCUGAACACAAAAUAAUAAAAUGACAUAGCUUUCAUUUACUGUCAAUAGACCUCCAUGGAGGUAAAAGAGGCUUGUGGUACCAUCCUUCAGUCGCGAUGAAAUUUUUAUUGCCCUAAUCUUACACAGUUACUUGUUCUUAAUACUUCUUGAACAGUUAUGAGUCUCUGCAUUACCAAGUACAUACUGCAAGAGGAGACUUCUUUCAUCAAAGUUGCGAGUAGAAAAAAUGAUAAUUAUAGAUAUGAAUAUUUAGAUGGCAGAUUGACAAUAUCAACAUUAAUAAAACAUAAAUAGUUUCUGUCUUUGGACUUAUACUUCGAAGUCUUGGUUUGUGAAAGGCAUGAAUUUAUCUCUAUGGAGCAUGACUUAAAUCUAGUGAGAGAGAGGUGGGUUAUGCCAAUUUACAGUUGUGCCAGUAUUGCACCAGUAUACACAUUUUGCCCAAUAGCUUGGUAUUGUAUGAUGUACAGUCCAUGGGUAAGAAUAUUAACUUAUUUUCUUUGCCAUCAGCCCUCACAUGACCUUACAGUUCUAUGAAAGGGAGCCAGUUUGGAGAAAUUUCUGAUAAGUUCAAGUUGCUCUUUCUUGAUCAUGAAGCCAAAGUGUUCAGUGUUUACAGCAACACCAUGUACUUCGGGUGACAAAGCAAGAACUGGCACCUGCUUUGUUUCGGAUGUCUCUCAGGCCUCCCUGACCAGUAAUUCCUAGGCAGAUAAGCAGUAUCUGGUACAAGGAGUUUCUUCUAAUGGCCCUGGCAUCUGCAAGCAGCAUUAUUUAUAAAUGUGGGACACCUCCGUUCAAAGUUUUAAAAUUAUAUUUACUAUUAACCUGUAAGACAAUGGGAUUUCAAGAGACUUCUUCAUACAUCCUUCCUUUUGGUUAACCCCCUUACUCUUCUUUACUUAUUCCUGCCCCAUCCCCAGUUUAACAUCUAGCAUACAUUAUCCAAUGUCCCAUUCAUUUAUAGCAUAAUGUUACUAAACAUAUGCACAAGCUUAACUCUGACUUAAACACAUCUCCUAAUAGUGCCACUCCCUAUAGUCAAGUAUUCAAAAUAUGAGUCUAUGGUGACCAUUCCUAUUAAAAUAAUCACAUCCUCCCACUCUUCCUUCUGUAUUCCUGCCCCAUCCCAAAUUCAAGUUUUUGCACAUAUUAUCCAAUUCCCCACUAUAUUAUAUUGUUGGUUAACAGGUAAAAGUACCUUGUACUAAGUACUGAUAUUUUGACUUCAGGAUCUGUUUUACCUGUAGGGUGGGGGAAAAAAAAAGUUCAACUGUCCAAGCCCUAAAGGAGCUAGGACUUUCCAAUAGCUGACCUAUCUCCUCCUUAAACCAUAGAAAUCAUCGCUUACAUAUCUUUGGUUCUCUAAAAUGUUGAGAUUGCUUCUAACAACACAAAGAACAAAUGAAUCUGAUAGGUUGGGCUGAAAAGCUUACAUUCUGUGUCCAUUGAUCAUGAUAAAGCACAUAGGGAAAACCACUAAUUUCUAUGUCCUUGUGGGUGUAAAUUGUAACUGUGACUUGCCCAGAUGUUGUGGUUUGGGGGUUUAAAUACUUCCUUAAUGAAAGUUCAGGAACACACUCAGCUCCAGAGUCUGUACUUUUCUACUUGACAAAAAUUUUUGCUGUUCAAUUCAAUAAAGAUCUUGCUUUACGUGAA